AUGAAGAUGGCCUCGGGCGGUUCGGGGCUUCUGGUGUUUGCUUUCCUUGCAACGGCGAAGGCGCUGACGCCGCGCGCCCUAAACCUCAACAGCGAAGCAGAAUUUGUGCCGCAGGCCGGGCAGUCGGCGGCUGCGCUCUACCAGACGAGCCAGACGACGCGCGAUGGCCAUGUGGAAGCAUUGGCAAGAAGAGAGCAGGCUGCGCUCCAAUCCCAGCAGGUUGCCCUGGAGGCCCUGGCACAGCAGGCAGCAAAGGACAGCGACGAGACGGCAACCUUGAGGUCGGAGCUGAAGAAUGUCGAAGCCAAGGAGGCUGCCUUGGAGGAGCUGGUGCAGCGCCAGUCGAAAGAGCUGCUGGCGGAGAAAGCAGGCCAUUUGCGGGCCCAGGCGCAACUCCAAGAUCAGCAGGCUUCUCUGCAUCGAGCGAAGCUGCAGGCAGACCUCGCAGGAGUUGCCAAGUCGUCUUCAGCCUUACUGGGCAUCGCCGGGAAGAGCGCGGUGGAAUUUAGCCUUGACGCUUUGAAAGACCAGCUUCUGAGCGGAGCUGUGUAUUUCUGCCUGGUGAUGAUAGCAGCGUACCUUUAUGUGACCUACUGCCACUACCCCUACCCAGUGCUGAAGAAUCGCCCGACGGUGACCAGGGAGGGCUUCACCUUCAGCCUCUGGGAGAUCUGCAAUUUCGACCCUGAUGCACCAUCGAAGGAGAUCAUGCGGGACAUGCGCAUCCCCUGCUUCUCCUGCCUGUGUUCCCCAGUCCGCUGGGCGGAUACUGCCAGUUCGGCGAAGAUCAACUGCAUGCCCUUUUGGACAGGUGUCAUCCUUGUGACCUUUCUGAAUGCGCUUACAGCCGCAUCAUUCUACAUCACUGCUCUGAUCUACAUGUUCAUGGCCGCGAACCAUCGUCAGCUCAUCCGACGGCUCUACGGCAUGCCUCAUGGCACUUGGAGGACCUACACCGAGGAUUGCUGCACUUGGAUGUGGUGUUCCUGCUGCGCCACCAUGCAAGAGGCCAUGGAGAUUCAGUAUGUGGACCCGGUGAACAAGCCGUGGCAGCAAAGCAUGGUCGAUUCGGUGGUACCCGCUGCUUUCCAGACAGAGAAGGAGCCCGAGGGUGGAAGCGUGGAGCGCCGCCAGAACACGACCUGCUGCUGA